AUGGAAUCAUCUGGAGAGAACUUCGAAGUCAACAUGAUGGCUAUGUACCGCAACAAACCAUGCCUGAACCAGAACCAAACAACAUCAACAAUUGCUGCCAAUAUGCCACAAUCAAUGGUAGACAAGUCCCUUACUUCAUACGAAAUGGAUACCUUCACACAUGGUGGGGAACUAGAUAUCAGCAGCAACAAAUUAGAGAACUCUGGGAACAAGGAAGACUCAAACACAAGCCACAAUGACAACAUACCUGGGAUGGAGAAUAUUAUCCCAAACUGGACUUCGAAGAUGACCAAUUCAGUAUCCCUGACGAAUGUGUCCCUCGAUAUGACGAAGAUUGAUGAAUAUGAGUUGUAUGUGGACGGAUUCGAUGAAGAACGAGAAUUAGAAUUAGUUGCUCCAGUAUAUCAUAAUAGUAUAGAAGGAGGAGUAGUUAAUAUUAAGAAGAAAAAGGGAAGAGAAGAAGAGAGGUGGGAAGAUUACAUAGAAAGGGACGAGAGUUAUAGGAAUGGAGUGAAACGAUUGAAGGGAGUAGAAGAAAGAAUGAAAAGAAGGAUAGCUGAGGAAAUGCGAAAAGAUGUUGAGAUGAUCAAGGGAAAGGUGUUUGACAAAUCAUUAGCAUACUUUUGGGGGAAAGAACUGUGCAAAAAGAAGAAUGUAUCUAUAGUUUCUCGGAAGGCGUUUGGACG